AUGGCCAUGGAUCCCCGGUUCGCCGUCUUCGAGUACGACCUGUACACUCGAGUCUUGCAGAGAGAGGCGAUCGGCGAGCUCAUGUGUCUCACCCCCUGGGAGAAGAAGGUCAGACUUUUUUCUUACGGACUACCUCCAUCUUGUGAGGCCGUGGUCAAAGCUUACAACCCCCUUUUGUCCUGGUCCUCAAGCAACAACGCCGUCAUCAAGGACAUCACCCAACCCUUCUUCCACCCGGAGGCCUUUCGUCUCGAGGCAGGCUGCACUAUUUGGCCUAGCCCAGAUACCAUCGGGCUCCUGAUGCCUCUGGGCGCCUACAAGGCGCCCAUCGAGCUCCUCCCCCGGGGAACAGACUAUGUCAUUACCGCCUACUGGCAUGCCGACACUGUCCUCUUUCUGAACGAGAUGGGCAUGCGGUUCACUGGCAAUGGAAGCGUUCGCUUCAUCUACAUCAUGCUUUAUAAGCUUGCGGUCCCACAGAUCAGGGGGUGGGAGGUGUAUGUCCCUUGA